AGCGAAAAGACCUGGCAGGCCAGACCAAACACACACACACACAAAAAAAACAAAUAUUUAAAAUUAAUUAAAUUAAAAUAAAAUAGAUUGCGAGUUUUGAUUAGCCAGCCAUCGGAGAGAUUAGAAGAAAGAAUGAUAGAUAACUGGAUCACGAGAGGCGACGAAUCACAAAGACGAAGAAGAAGAACUAAUAAAACCUAAAAAGGGAAUUUUUUUUUCUGUGAAGUCAACAGACAAUGAAGGAAGGAAGGAGAAUCUGACCUCAAAAUCGCAUAAAGUUUCGUACUUUUGGCUCCGAGUUGCAACAUAAGGGUUUUUUUUAGGGAUCUCUCUAUUACAGGUUUUUUUUUAGAGUUAUGUGGAAACAGAUCAUAAGUAAGCUUCCUAAGAAGUCUUCUUCUUCUAAGAACCAUUCUUCAUCUAAUAAUGCAACCGCAUCUACUUCCAAGACUAGUAGUAGUCAUGACAAUGCUACAGGAAAAUCUCACUCCAAGAACGCUCCUCCUCCAGCUGCUGCAAAGCCUCCUGCUUCUGCUUCCUCUCCUCCUAAAGAUGGCAACUUUAACCGUAACGGGAUCUACGAAGCCUUGCCGAGUUUCAAAGACGUUCCCAACGCAGAAAAGCCAAACCUGUUUCUAAGAAAGCUCAGCUUGUGCUGUGUCCUCUUCGAUUUCUCUGAUCCGACCAAGUGCGUCAAGGAGAAGGAGAUCAAGCGGCAGACGUUGCUCGAGCUCGUGGACUACGUGGCUACUGCCAACGGUAAGUUCAGCGAGGCUGUUAUCCAGGAAGCGGUUAGGAUGGUGUCCGUUAACAUAUUCAGAACGUUGAACCCUCAGCCGCGUGAGAAUAAAGUUAUCGACGCGUUGGACUUGGAAGAGGAAGAGCCUUCCAUGGAUCCUUCUUGGCCUCACUUGCAGCUCGUCUACGAGCUUCUCUUGAGGUUCAUCGCUUCCCCUGACACCGAGACUAAGCUUGCUAAGAAGUACAUUGACCAGGGUUUCGUCACGAGGUUGCUUGACCUGUUUGAUUCGGAGGAUCCGAGAGAGAGAGACUGUCUUAAAACCGUUCUCCACCGCGUCUACGGUAAAUUCAUGGUUCACCGUCCUUUCAUCAGGAAGUCCAUAAACAACGUCUUCUACAGGUUUGUGUUUGAGACCGAGAAACACAACGGGAUUGCUGAGUUUCUUGAGAUCUUGGGGAGUAUCAUCAACGGGUUUGCUCUGCCGCUUAAGGAAGAGCACAAAGUGUUUCUGGUUCGAGCUUUGAUACCUCUCCACAAACCGAAAUGCUUGCAGAUGUAUCACCAGCAGCUGUCUUAUUGUAUCACGCAGUUUGUGGAGAAAGAUUGCAAACUCGCUGAUACGGUUAUAAGAGGACUGUUGAAGUCUUGGCCCGUCACGAAUAGCUCCAAGGAAGUCAUGUUUCUAAACGAGCUGGAGGAAGUGUUGGAAGCGACUCAGCCGCCUGAGUUCCAACGGUGUAUGGUCCCGUUGUUUCGCCGAGUUGCUCGGUGUCUGAACAGUCUUCACUUUCAGGUUGCGGAGAGAGCUUUGUUCUUAUGGAACAACGAUCACAUCGAGAGUCUGAUAAAGCAGAACUGUAAAGUUAUUCUUCCUAUCAUUUUCCCUGCACUGGAGAGAAACACUCAGAAGCAUUGGAACCAAGCUGUCCAUAGCUUGACGCUGAACGUGCAGAAGAUAUUUAAUGACAACGAUCCGGAGUUCUUCAAGGAGUGUCUUGCCAAGUUCAGAGAAAGUGAAUCAAAAGAAGCUGAAGUCGAAGCGAAACGCGAGGCUACAUGGAAACGUUUGGAAGAGAUUGGGAUGCAAAAGCAAAUGACUUCUUCUUAAGGUUGCUUUAGUUGUAGAGAGAGAGAGGUUUUGGUUUUUUGUAAUUUCGUUUUUACUACAUUGGAAUAUUGGUUUUUUUUUUUUUUUUUUCUGUGGUAUUCUCUCCAGAAAACUUAGUGAGAACAAGUUUCCAUCUUAUUUGAAGAGAUGCAAAGAUGUAAGAUCUUUUUCUUUUUUUAAUUUUCUUUAUUUAUGAUCUUCUUGUUCACAGUC